CGCUGCACUGUUCUCGUUCACCAGUGGAAGGAGGGCUGUCAUGUCAUCCUCCCGUAGUCACGGGGUGUUGCCUCCAAGUGGUCAUUUUUAAAAAGCAGCGUGCGUCUGUGAUAAGGACGAAGACACGAGUGACCAUGGCGGCCAGCAAAGUGGAUGUUUUCGCCAAUGAAGACAAACGAACCUUGGAGCUCGGGGGCCAUGUGGGCUUUGACAGUCUCCCAGAUCAGUUGGUCAGCAAAUCAGUCACACAGGGCUUCAGCUUCAACAUCCUCUGCAUAGGGGAGACAGGGAUAGGCAAAUCCACCUUAAUGAACACACUUUUCAAUACAAGGUUUGAAAAUGAAGAGGCCAGCCACUAUGAGAAAGACGUGCUUCUGCGACCACACACGUACGACCUGCAAGAGAGCAAUGUCAACCUCAAGCUGACCAUCGUACACACUGUUGGCUUUGGGGACCAGAUCAACAAAGAAGAAAGCUAUAAACCCAUUGUAGAGUAUAUUGACACUCAGUUUGAAACGUACCUCGAAGAGGAGCUAAAAAUAAAACGGUCCCUGUACAAUUUCCAUGACACGAGAAUCCACAUCUGCCUAUAUUUCAUCGCUCCCAACGGCCACUCCCUCAAGUCUCUGGAUCUCGUCACCAUGAAGAAGCUCGACAGCAAGGUGAACGUCAUUCCUGUCAUUGCAAAGGCAGACACGGUGUCCAGGAGUGAACUGGACAAAUUAAAGAUCAAGAUCAUGAGCGAGCUGGUCAGCAAUGGAGUGCAGAUAUACCAGUUUCCAACUGAGGAUGAGGCUGUGGCUGAAAUCAACUCUUCCAUGAAUACUCACCUGCCAUUUGCUGUCGUUGGCAGCGUAGAAGACGUCAAAGUAGGCAAUAAAAUAGUCAAAGCAAGACUGUACCCUUGGGGAUCUGUACAAGUGGAGAAUGAGAAUCAUUGUGAUUUUGUGAAACUGAGGGAGAUGCUGCUGCGUGUCAACAUGGAGGAUCUUCGUGAGCAAACGCAUACUCGCCACUACGAGCUCUACCGCCGUUGUAAGCUGGAGGAGAUGGGCUUCAAGGACGCAGACCCCAACAGCCAGUCGUUCAGCCUGCAGGAGACAUAUGAAGCCAAGAGGAAGGAGUUUCUGAGAGAACUGCAACACCAGGAGGAAGGAAUGAGGCAGAUGUUUGUCAACAAAGUAAAAGAGACCGAAGCGGAGCUGAAAGAAAAGGAAAAAGAGCUCCACGAGAGGUUUGAGCAGCUCAAACGGCUGCACCAGGAAGAAAAGAAGAACCUGGAGGAGAAACGACGAGAGCUGGAGGAAGAGAUGAAUGCUUUCAACAGGAGGAGGGUUGCUGCAGAGACACUGAUGGGCCAGGCUCUCCAGGGUGCCGCUCAACCUCUCAAGAAGGACAAGGACAAGAAAAAUUGAUUUACAGAACAAUCAUCCAGGAAAACCAUGAAUGUGUCCGCCAUCAGCGUCGGUCAAAGAGACCGUUGUGCUUCUUUAGUCUUCCCUCUGCGUGCUCCUUAACCUCAUCCAGGAAUUUGAACUAGAAGAUUUUCUAACAACGCUGACGUGAUGUGACAGAGGGACAAGCAAGUGUAUUAUUUUUGACAGUUGAAUGAGCACUUUGAAGAGAAAUGCACUUCAAUCGCUGGAUGUGUGGUCUCUCCUCUGCUAUGUGGCAUGGAAUUUGCAUGACAUAUAACCAUCAUCCUUUAAGUUUUAAAUGUGCCCUUCCUUCAUUUUUCAUGUACUUUUCAGUCUUGACUGAUUACACUGUGAAAUAAUUCAUAACACUGAAUAUCCCAUAAAGUGACGUGAAAUUGUUGGCGACAGUUACUAACUUAUUUUUUUAAUAAUUUAAAUUCUAUAUCAUGCAGAGACUAUAAUGUGCUUUCAUUAGCAUAAUCAGCACCUUGUCAUACUAAAAGUUAACUGGAAAUGUGUAUGCUUAUGUGAAUUAAUUAAAAAAAACUGCUAUCAGUUAUGUAUAGAAAUAUCACUAUAUUGAACUAUUGCUUAACAUUACAAGUAUUUUUCAACCAUGACUUGACACAUAGCAAGAACGCCAUUAUCAGUAAGUAUGAAUAGAAAUAAAUCCAAGCAAAAUUGUGGAUUUUAGAACAGGCCACCAUAUAUUGAGCUGUUUUAUAAAAUUACGUCUAGGCCAGUGAAUGUACAUUUUACAGCGCUUGUGAAGUGUCAAGAUUGAACAUGAACGCACACACACAAACACAAUGACAGACACACAAAUGAUUGAUCUGUGUUGGCCAUCUUAUGUAAUAAAGACUAACUUCAUUGAAUAUGUACCCGUAAUUUGGCCCGUAAUUUGACAUCAAAAUAAAGCGUGCCUGAAAACUA